CGCGCGCGCGCGCGCUCGGCUCGUGCGGCAGCGGCGAUCCAUGUGACAGAGAAGGAACGUGACAAAAGCUGGCAGAGGGUGACGGCGCCGCCGCCGCGAUCGGAGCGCGAGUGUUUGCCCGGGCGAGCCGGGUGUCGGGUGUGCUCCGCGCGUCGAUCCCUCUCGCCGCGUACGUGUCCCGUGUGUGCCAGCGCGCGUCUCUUGUGUCCGUCGCGCGAUGUGAAGUGAGCGAAGGCUCGCACGACGGAUCGUUUGUCGUUGCGCGACGCGUUGCUUCCGCGGUGGAGAAUCUGCGACGGAGAAAACGGCAACAUCGAGGCAAAGUGCGUGGGCCCAACUGGUGACUGCUGCGACACACGCGCGACGACGACGACGACAACGACGACGACGACGACGACGACGACGACGACAAGGACAACGAAGAGGAAGAAGAAGAGAAAGAGGAGAAGGAGGAAGAAGAAGACGAUGACGACGGGGCGACGAUGUUCAACGGAUUGAUCAGCUUAUCGAUGGACUAAUCAAGCAACCGACCGACCGACCGACCGACCGACCGACCGACCAACCAACCAACCAACCAACAAAGCAACCAACCAACCAACCAUCGACCAACCGACCCACCGACCGACGGCAGCAGCGGCGGCGGCAACGGCAGCGGCAGCAGCAGCAGCUCCGAUACUUCACUCACGCCCAGCGGGAUUGUGCGUCACAUGGGCCGCGCUCAUUGGUCGAUAGAGCCGUGUGACGUCACAAACUGCACGGUGAUUGGCUCGCGACGCGGUGCCCGGACACGUGAAUCGUGGCCGUGCAGGCAUGGCAGUUUGAUGCGCAGUGGUUUUCAGCACUUGUAAAAUGCCACUGCCACGCGCCAGAUCGAUCAGGUUAUAACCCGCGUUUCGUCGCGCGCUCCGAAACGGUCGGUCCGUCGCGCGGUGGUCGCACGUCGCGGUCGCGGCCGUGAUUGCGAAUACCUUCGCUUGGCAUUGGCUUACCGCGUCGUCGGCCGCUCGCACGACUCGAUCUGAUCCGCCGGACCCCGCGCGCGAGAUCUCUUUUGCCGCGCGCGCGCGCGCGCGCGCCCGACCGACCGACCGACCGACCGGAUUGACAAAUACGCGUGGAUACGUGCCGACCGCGUCGGCACCGAGUGGAUAGUGCAAGCGGGUCGGGAUAGGAAGCGGCAUUCGGCGAACACGUGAACGGGUACGAGAAAGGCGGCGGGGGAUACGUGAUCCGGAAGGCAAAGUGCGCUCAACACACAGCAGUGCUGUCGGAGGCAAAGCCGCCGCCGGUGCGUAGAGACGGGCACAGGGGACGACUGGAGGUAAAGAGGCGCGCUCUCGACCUGGUGCUGCUGGUCCAUCUCGCUGCCGUCCAAAAUCACCGGCGACCAUCGCAAAGCCGGCUCGCCGAUGCCGCGGAGCCAGAACGAUCAUUCUGCCGUCCGCGAGCACAGAGAGUCGGCGCAACAGCGACAACACCAGCAACAGCAGCAUCAUCGGUCUGUCCCCUCCACCUGCUCCGCGACAGAACAACAUACCCCGAGCGGGAUGAGUCUGGAAACAUUGCUGCAGGCGGCCUACUACGUAGAACAGGAGGAGAAGAAGCGGGAGCGCCUCGCGAGCACCUCCUCCUCCUCUUCUUCCUCCGAACAGCAUUUGUUCGUGUCUGCUGCGCCACUCCUCUCCAAUCAUACUUACGCCUCCACUACCAGGCCACGUGGUGUCAAAAUCAAAAAGGAACGUCCCGACUCGGACGAUCUAUUCUGCGAGGAGAAUAUGCUGAUAAUAGAUGAGGAAGAUCCACUGGAUAUCUCGAAUCAGUCGAAUCAGUCGAGUCAGUCGAUCGCAUCCAGAGGGAGUGCUGUGAUCUCCUCGCGAGGCACGCCGACGGCCAGCACGAACUCCUCGUCUGCUCUCCACUCGACGUCUCAUCAUCACCAUCACCAGCAGUCGCAGCAGCAGCAGCAGCAGCAGCAGCAGCAGCAGCAGCAGCAGCAGCAGCAACAGCAGCAGCAGCAGCAGCAGCAGCAGCAGCAGCACCACCAUCACCACCACCACCACCAUCAUCACCAGAGCGACCACCACGGCACACAUAAUCAGUACAUGGAGAAUCACAACCCGAAUCAGUCGCAGCAGAACGCGGGUAACCUCGUCGUCGACGUUGAAGCUAGCCACGACAAUAAGAAACAUCGGACCGGACCCUGUGUAAUCCGAUCCGGCACGAGGGAAGUACACAACAAACUGGAAAAGAAUCGUAGGGCACACCUGAAAGAAUGCUUCGAGCUCUUGAAAAGGAUGCUACCGGCGCAGGAUGAGAAGAAGUCCUCGAAUCUCUCCAUCCUUCACGCGGCGAACCAAUACAUACAGACACUGACGAAGAAGGAUCUAGAUUACCAGCGGGAGUUGCAGAGGCUGGCGGAAGAGAAAAUCGCAGCGGACCAGAGACUGGACAUGUUGAAGCAGGAGGUCGUUGCGACCUGGGAACACAUUGAUUUCUCUCACAUCGACGCUCUUCUCGCGAGAAGCGCAACCGGGGCAGACAUCAUGGUCGUUCGAAAUGUUUCAGAUACCGCAGAGGUCGAAAUUACCGGACUCCCUCAGGGUGGCACGAGGUAUAGCAGCACGAGCAGCCUGAACAGCGUUACAGCCAGUUCCCCGCAAGCGCUGCAGUCACCUAACGCGACUUCCAACAUCCAUAAUCAAGCCGCGACCGCGAGCAUCGUUUGUCAAACGCAAGAUCUGAAUCUUGCGCGAGGCUCCAGGGAGAGUCCACCGGCCAGCUCGAACUCCGCAUCAUCCACACCCAGUAUUUCCACCCCGACGCAGGAGAAAGUCGCAACGUCGCCGACCGCCAACAUAGUACAACAACCGCAUCAGCUACACCUACCAAUCAGCGCACAGAUGUUAAACACAAGUCAAGGCCUCGCAACAAUCGUGCCGACGUUGCAACACAUCGGGCCGGGUCUUAGAGUGAUACCUGGUGACACGAGGCAGCUCCUUGUUACCCAUACCGCCGGUAACAACGAAACCAGGCCAUUGACGUUGGCAGUGCAGAACUCCUCGGAUCAGUCCAGGCCGUUGAUUGCUGUGCAAUCCAACACUGGGAACGAGCCGAGGCCAGUGGCGUUGGUCGUUCACUCCUCCACCGCUAGCGACAACCGAGUGACGUUUGUGCACUCUAACCUGUCCAACAACGACCGACCGUUGGCCUUGGCUGUGCAGUCAUCUGCCAAUGACGUUCGACCUGUCACCUUUGUGCACUCAGGAAACGAGGCGCGACCGUUGGUUCUUGCCACUCAUUCCCCCGCGCUAAACGUGUCGAAUGCCCAAACGAGAAUCAGGACCAGUGACUCGCAGACCACACAUAAGAUGGUCGGCGGCGUGACGUUGGUCGGAGGCAACGGUUCGGAACUGGCGAGACUCCCUGGCGGUGCAGAGUUGAAUAUACUCCCGGCAAAUGGACUGACGUUAAGCCACGCAGGUGUGUCUUUACAAACUGCAGCAGCGAAGCCAAGCUCAACAGUGAUGCAAAAUGUUCCAUCUACCGAGAGUAUAGCGCACAUUGUCGGUCAGCAUACGCCGCUUUCCGGCCUGACGCCAAUCGUCACGCCGAUGACAGUUGUUUCCCAGGGUAAUCAAGUGACCGCUCAUAUCCUGGCGCCAUCCAGCCUCGCGGGAAAGAUGAUCACUACCCCGAUUCUCAAGACCGUGGGCCAGAUGCCGUUGGUGAAUGCUCAGUACCUUAACACCACCACGUUAGUCAAACCUGUUGUCGUGGUGAGCUCGCCUUCAACGUCGACGCCGCCAGUCUCGACCACCGCUUCCUCCAAUACGCAACCUCCCUCGACCACGCACUCGACCGUCUGACAGAAUCAUGAGAAAGCGAAAUUGACCUGAUCGCGCUGGAAUAUCAAAAUGUGGUUUGCUGCAGUUGCUCGUAGUGUCACUAUGUUCAACCGAAGUAAAUCUACGUUCUGUUUUUUUUUCUUCCAUUAGACGAGUUGCUUAGUGGGGUGGAUUAGCGAUGAAUUUGCGAGGCAAAAUUACGAUAGGUAAUCAAAAUUGCGUCUUAGACAUGGAGCAACAAGGAGAACCUUACGCGAUGAAACGCCUUUGCCCAUCGUGCUAUUUUUAACAUUAUUGGAAUUUUACAUUUCAUAACUUCACUUGCGUCCCGCGAGGGCGCCGAAUUCGAAGUUCAAGCUCUUUUUCGGAGAGUGAAUCUGACUGAGAAGAUAUGUGAGAAAGACCUUGCUCAAACUCGUACGACUGUACAAUACGCAGUACGGUACGCUUUUAUUAAAAGAAAAGAUGUUUGUUGCAAACGUUAAGUGUAAAAUUUGAACAGCUAAUUCACGGAGGCAGCCCGCAAGUGUAGAAAAAUGAGAAAACUUCAUGUCACAGUGCGUUAUGAAUAAUUGAUAAUUUUUAACACGUUACGAUAGCACGUUUGACGAAGCCAAAGCUUUGAGUCAUACGAUAAAGCUUAUCCAGUGAUUAUGAAAAUUAAGUAAUGCAGCUAUAGGCAAUAAUGAUUAUGCUACUUUGACUUGACAAAUCAUUUCCCAGUAAUGUACACUAUUUUAUCAUUUCGUAAUAUUCACAUUCACGAGCUUCUUUCGGUAACGUAUCCUGACAAAUAUUUUUUAGUGAAUGUUUUAUGAUCUUUCGAAAAUUGUACAUACUUUUCCUUACAGACGAAGAGAAUAAACUUUGACUAGAUGAAUUGAGAGAAGGAGAAAGAGAAAGAAAGAUAAAGAAGAAGAGAAGAGAGAGAGAGAAAGAGAGAGAGAGAGAGAGGAAGAGAAAGAAAGAGAGAAAAAAUAUUCCUUUUCGUAUAAUUUUUAAAUUUUUUGACUGUUGUAUAAGGUUGAUACAUCAAUGAAACGAUGAUCACAACCGAAUAAGUGUCGCAAAGAAUGGUAACGACUAUGUUUAGACUGAAAUUGAAAGACCGAAGAUGGAAAAUGAUAAUAGAUAGUGGCUGUGGAGAGAAUAGAUAACACUCUAUAUGUAGGAAUCUAUUUACUUUUGACAAUUCGGUCGCAAAAAUAAGAAGUUUUAAAUACAUUAGUGAAUAAUAUUGGAAGCCAAAAAGGCUUUAAAAAGAAGAAAAAAGGAAAGGAAUAAAGAGUGUAGAGGACAGUAUAUAGAUUACGUUUGUAGUAAUACAUUUAAGUAUUUAUUCGUCUGUGUAUUUAUUAUAUGUACGUAUACACACAUACA